AUGCCUUCAAUUCAUCCUCUCAUCGAUAACGGUAUCACCAAAGGGGACCCCAAUUUCCCCGGUGGCACUCUGCACUGCCGCUGUCCCUCUGACCAAGUCGUUGUCGGUCUCAAGAGCAACGUCGCCCACAACCAUGCCUGCGGUUGCUCCAAGUGCUGGAAGCCCGCCGGGGCGCUCUUCUCCAUUGUCGGUGUCGUUCCUCGUGACAACCUGAGCGUCCAGGCAAACGAGUCGAAGCUUGCAAUCGUCGAUUCCUCCGCAAUCAUCCAGCGCCAUGCUUGUAUUAAUUGCGGUGUCCAUAUGUUCGGCCGGAUUGAAAAGCCUCAUGCUUUCCAUGGACUCGAUUUUGUCCACGUCGAGCUUUCGGACCAGAAGGGAUGGCAGGAGCCCCAAUUUGCAGGUUUCGUCUCUUCUAUCAUUGAGCAAGGCUUCGAUCCCAAGGGAAUGGAUGAGAUUCGAUCGAAGUUCAAGUCCGCCGGUCUGGAUACCUUCGAUGCUUUGUCGCCACCCCUGAUGGACCUGAUCGCCACUUUCACCGCGCAGAAGGCCGGCGUGAAGUUCUCCAACCUGUAA